AUGGCAGAGGAGCAGCGGAAGCUCUUGGAGCAGCUCAUGGGCAAAGAGGCCCUCAUUUCCCCGGCCCAACGCCGCAGGGAGGUCGAGAUGACCAACCACAGAGUGUGUCGAAGCUUUUUGGUGGGCCCUUGCCCCCACGACUUGCUAGCUGGAACCAAGCAGGAUCUAGGCAAAUGCCCGCUAUUGCACUUGGAGAAACACAAGAUGGAAUACGAAUACAGAACCAAGAAGGGUGAACAGUUCCCAGACAUUGAAUAUGCCCACUAUCUCAACCUCAAAAAGUACAUCAACGAGUUGGACCGUACCAUCGAGUUCGCCCAAAAGCGGUUGGAAAGAACCCCAGAAGAAAAGGAAAAGAUAGCAGCCGUGACAAAAGAGCUCGACGAUCUCGAUACCAACAUCGGACUCAUGACCCAAGAAAUCAACUACCUCAUCCACGAACAUCAAACAUUAAAAGCCACUCUUGAAACAGUGCGAUUGAAAGAGUUGUGUGAAAAGAGAGAAACAUUGGCUGAAACGGCCCGAAAUAUUGCCGAGAACGUCGGACAGGUGUCACAGCAGAAGCUACAGGUUUGCGAGGCCUGUGGGGCCUACUUAUCGAGAUUAGACAGUGAUAGAAGAUUGGCUGAUCACUUAAUCGGAAAGAUACACUUGGGAUACGUGCAAAUGAGGCAGGCCUACGAUGAGUUGAACUCGAAGUACAAGAAAUCACAUAUAUAG